CUUCUCAAUUCUUCGUCGAGACUCAGCAACCCUUGUCUUCUUAAUUUUAUAUUUUUCCCACUCACUUUUUUGCGAUAGUUUACCAUGUCUCGGUCCCUCUGGCGGAGUCUGCAUUACAGUGCGAAGCGGAGGUUGGCGACACCUCCGACGCCCUACCGGUGCUUCUCCUGCUCCCUUCGUUCCCAGGACCAGCCCAGAAAGGAUGGACAGACGACGCAUUUUGGAUUUAAGGAUGUACCUGAGGCGCAAAAAGAGUCAAUGGUGGGAGCUGUCUUUAGCUCUGUGGCCAGCUCGUACGACACGAUGAAUGAUCUCAUGUCGAUGGGAAUCCACCGUCUCUGGAAAGACCAUUUCGUACGCUCGUUGAACCCCGGGUCUGCUCUGCCGUCGCGCGACACCGACUCGACCGGAAAGGGCUGGAAUAUCCUGGAUAUCGCCGGCGGGACUGGCGACAUCGCUUUUCGCAUGCUGGAUCACGCUACGAAUAUCAACCACGACCGCAACACACGAGUGACGAUAUCCGACAUCAACCCGGAUAUGUUGGCGGAAGGGAAGAAGCGCAGCAUCGACACGCCGUACUACAACACGAACCGUCUAUCGUUUAUGGAAGCCAAUGCGCAGACCAUGCCCCUAGUCCCGGAUAGCUCGGUCGACCUCUACACGGUGGUGUUUGGAAUUCGCAACUUUACGGACAAGCAGGCAGCGUUGAACGAGGCUUUCCGGGUGCUGAAGCCCGGUGGUGUGUUUGCGUGCAUGGAGUUCAGCAAGGUGGACAACGAGCUGUUCAAUGCGAUCUACAAGCGUUGGAGCUUCAGUGCGAUCCCGUUGAUUGGGCACCUGGUUGCUGGUGAUCGGGAUAGCUAUCAGUAUCUGGUGGAAAGUAUUGAGCAGUUCCCCAGCCAAGAGGAAUUCCGGGGGAUGAUCCAAAAGGCCGGGUUUAUGAUCCCUGGACGAGGAUUUGAGAACCUCACGGGUGGGAUUGCAGCGAUUCACAAGGGAAUCAAGCCGAUUUCUUGAUUUUCAUUGCAUUGUAGAUAGUGUGGAGAUGUACGAUAUCGGGCCUCGGAGAGUUUGCAUUCUGUUACCUUUUGAUUGAGUGAAGGUUCUAGUAGUUAUGGUGUGAUAGUGGACCCGAAAUGAAUAUUUGCCAGCCGAAUUUAACUUCGUCUUGUCCUUCUCGUC